UGCUCUUAUAAUUUGAAAGAAGAUUUAUAAAGAAACUAACAAUAGUUCGGAUCAAUGUGCAGUAUUCGAGUUCAAUAAAGUAGGGUUAUAUACGGUGUACUAAGGUGUUAAGAAUGAGUGAAUAUUCCUUCAUUACAUAAAAGAUACAAAAACAUACUUCAAGCGAGACUGUACAUGUAUUAAAACAUCGAAUUGGCACACUUUGAGACCCAUCAACAAUGGAACCACGUCCACCAAGCGUCGAGACGAAACCAAUCUGGGUGGCUCCAGGUAUUAUUGUUACGCGGGCAGGGUGCGAGUUUUCCGAUACUGACAGUGGGUCCAGUAAUGUCGAAGAACUCGCGACAAACAAUUUCAACCUUGCCGACGGGAAGGCGUUGCUCAACACAAUGUUUCCAUUCUCGGAGAAAGGGAAGACCGGCACACCCAAGCCCAUCCAGAGUAGCGAGAACGACACCCUCCAGGUUGAUGAAACUACGAGGCGACCACGCUGCGAAAAAUGUGGUAAAUGGUUCCACAGCCGCCAGCAGCUAUCGCAGCACGAGCUCGUGCACUCUGAUGUCCGGAAAUAUAAAUGUCGCUUCUGUGAUCGCGCAUUCAAGCAGCCGUCGCACCUCCAUCAGCAUCACAGAAUUCAUACAGGGGAGAAACCAUACAAAUGCACGAUUUCCGGUUGCAACAGAGCGUUCCCCCAGCUGUCGAACCUGAAUCACCACAUCCGGAAUCACGACAAGCCCGACCCACCCCCUGAAAACACAUGUGUCUUCUGUGAUCGGGCGUACGCCAGUGAGACGGUGCUGCGGACACAUCUUAAGAAGAUCCAUGGAUGCAGCCUCGAAAAUAUGUCAGCUACGAGGUCUACCAACAAUGACUCCGUGAAAAAGGAAAACCCCAUGUGUUCACUUAACAAUAAUGUGACGUCACAGGGGAUUCCGGUGGUUACUCCAAUACACAAUUAUGUGUUAACCUCGAUAGAAAAGAAAGUUGAACCCACGAUAUCUCAUUCGGUCGCUAAUGGGGUCAAGACCAUUACAUUCACCACUAACGGAACCGGAAACAGUGUAAUGAAACGAAAGCUAUAUCCGAAAUCUCUCCCUGCUCCGAAAAUCUUGAUAACAAAUCCUGAAACUUAUGGCAGCGUACAGAACGGUAUUCAUAACGGCAAUACGUUGAACGGUAUUCAUAACGGCAAUACGUUGAACGGUAUUCAUAACGGCAAUACGUUGAACGGUAUUCAUAACGGCAUUACGUUGAACGGUAUUCAUAACGGCAUUACGUUGAACGGUAUUCAUAACGGCAAUACGUUGAACGGUAUUCAUAACGGCAAUACGUUGAGAAAUACUUGUUUUGAUUUGGCUGCCAACGGUAAUAAUAAUGUUGACGACUGUGGUCCGGUACCGCCGUUGAAGAAGGCCAGAUUGGCUGUUUCAAACGAAAGUGUUUUAACCGUAAGUGGCGUAAAUAAUGUACCAAAUGCAUACGUUUCCGGAAUUUAUAUUCAACCUUAUGCUAAUGCUGGAAAUUCUAUACAGACUUCGGAUACAUCAAAUUUAAAUCGGACAGAGCUAAAUGGUUCACCGGAGGAUGAAAUGGAGUUCAUAGAAGACAUUUCAGUCAUGCAAUAUAACUACACAUUAGGCGAUGAUAUAGACGAUUUGAAUGAACAGUCGAACCUACGAAGCGACGCCGCACCCAGCCGAACUAACGGAACUGUUUUGAAUGGUCAUACAGGAGUUGACCAUACAGGGGUUGGUCAUACAGGGGUUGAUCAUACAGGAAAUAGUCAUACAGGAGUUGGUCAUACAGGAAAUGGUCAAUCAGGAGUUGGUCAUACAGGAGUUGGUCAUACAGGAAAUGGUCAAUCAGGAGUUGGUCAUACAGGAGUCGGUAAUACAGGAGUUGAUCAUACCGGGGUUGGUCAUACAGGAAAUUGUCAUAUACAGGAUCAUACAAUGACUGGUCAUACAGGGGUUAGUUAUACAGGGAUUGGUCAUACAGGAGUAAGUCAUACAGGAAAUGGUCAUACAGGGGUUAGUCAAUCAGGAGUUGAUCAUACAGAAAAUGGUCAUACAGGAAAUGGUCAUACAAGAAAUGGCCAAUCAGGAAAUGGUCAUACAGGAGUUGGUCAUGCAGGAAAUGGUCCCAAAGGGAAUGGUAAUACAGGAAAUGCUCAUACAGGAGUAAAACUGAAUGGUUACACUAACUACCCAACAAGAAGCCUCACUGGAUGGACGGACGUCGGCGACAAUGCGUCACUAGAAGAAAAUAUCACAACCGCCCCCCGCUCCCGGAAACGGAAAGCUUCUCAGCCACAGAGAUUUGUGUAUACGAUACAAGAGUAGACUAAACACUUCGAAAUAAGUCGACGAAUUUGUUCCUUGUUCUCCAUAUCUCGUUCACUUUAUAAACUCCUCAAAGUUUGCUGAGGACCAACGUGUUGUGACCAAAACUGAUUGUCUGAACCCGUUGCUUAAGAGGGAUUAAUCGGUGAAAUAAAAUGCUUUUACACUGUGCUGAAAUUGAAGUUCUCACGUCCGAAAUCGAACGUAAGCGCACACAGAAAUGGUAUACAAUUCAAAUGACGUCAGCUCCGAAAAGACGUUACUACCGCAAUACAUUUUGGCGUGUUUUCCCAAAGAAAAACUACAAAAAAUGAAUUGUCUUUUUAUAUCCGUUUUAGGCACAUGAUAAAACGAAACAAAUGUUUUUUUCAGUGUAAGAUUGCAAUAUAUUUUACCUCGUGAACACCUAAAGUAUAUAUUUUACUCUUAGUUUAUAUACCUCUUUUAAAUACUCGUUGAACUUGUCAAUUUGACGCCAAUAGCUUGGUCAGUAUACAUCGGGUUCUUUUUUUUCAAUUGUUUUAUUGCUGUUGGAGUUGUACUCGUUUCUAUACACACAAUUCGUGUCUCGGAAAAAUGUGCUAUUAUUUUACUCACUCAUCAAUCGAUCAGAAACUAUGAAAUGAAUACAUAUAUCGAGAGGGGUAAACUACAUACAUCAGCAGCCAUUUGAAUAAAACUUGGUAACUUGGUAACUUGGUGAGUCGUUUGUCAUUUAAAUGUGUAAACUGGCCUUAAGAUAACCUCUUGACAACUUAACCAAGUUAUAUAGCGCUCGUCGAAUGGGUAUAAACCGAUGGCGAGGGUAAAUACCCCUCCCCUAUCCAAGUUUUAUUCAUUUAGCUGCUGCUGAUAAAUUUGUAUUCAAUGAUAUGUACACCUGCUUUGCUUUCAUAACUCGGAUUGGGAAUACAUUUUCUUUAAAAUGCUUUCCUCACCUUAAUGACUACUUCAUGAAUAUAUCGCUUCCAUAUCAUUAACUUUAACCGGUGCUUUUUGAUCGAGAGAUGUUAUCAAAUCUAUGAUUACAUGUAUUUCGUUUAGAAAACCAUGCAUGUUUGUGUCAACACUUUGCAAAAUAACAAAAGCCAAUCGUUUUUUUUUUUCAUUUUCGCCUUAGAAAUUGGUUCUUACUAUCUUUGUAUAGAGCAAUUGACAGGUUAUGCCAGAAUUAAUGUUUCCUUAUAGAUGAAUUGACAUUUUUGGGCUCAGUCUCAAGAAUAUGAACACUGUUUUUGUGUUCUAUGCCUUUGGCCUUUACUCUAUGCCAUUAAACGGGGUUUAUGUUUAAACUUUUGGCUACUGAGCUUGUUUCUGUAAUUCUUCAUAUAAAUAUUAGACUCGGGACGUAAAUGAAUACGGACUUAGGUCUCUUUAUUUCGAAGCAAGUGCAGUCAUGCCUUUUUAUUCAAAUGAAACUAUGAUCUCACAUGUUUCAAUGGCGUCAGAAUUAUAUAAGACCCAUUCUGCUUUUUGCAGUUCAUUUACAAGUUCUAUGCUAGCUUUUGUUGUUGUUUUCUGGACCGGUUUUGUAAUUCAACAUUUAAACAGCUUUAACAAGCGUUGUGAUAUACAUAUGUAUUUUUGUGUGUUUGUAUGAUACUAUGCUGUGUGAAUGACGUGUUUUAAUGCCCCGCCAUUGAAAUGACAAUUGGGCAUGUUGUGUUGUAUCUAAUGAUUGUUCGGGUUAUAAAAUGCAUUGUAGCUUUGUGUUCAAUUAUUUAUAAGUUGUCAAAUAAACAUU